GCUGCUGCACCCGCCGCUGUCUGCGUCCCUUGAGCGCGGCGAGUGGCCGGCGCUGCUGCUGCUGCUUCUGGAGCUGCAGCAGUGGCACGCAGCGAACGCAGGCAGCUGCAGCGGCGGCGCCGGCCGAGGCCUGGGCAGCGGGGGCGGCGGCCGCACGUGA